AUGGAAAGGACAGAUUACUUCGAUUCCCCGACUGACUCCUACUCGAUGGGAACCAAGUUGGUGAUGUUGGCUUUGGAGAGCAUCUCAGGUGGAAUGCCACGGAUCUGGACCCAGUACGAUAUGGAGUCAAAUCUGACUUCUUUGAGGGAUAUAAUCCCUAGUCACAGCGGGCUAAUCAUCAUAUUAGCGAUCUCCUGGUUGUGGGACAUUGAGAUCUUUGAACUGAACAUAUCCAACAGGGAGAGAUCGAGCUCAGUGGGCUCCAUCGGUUUUGGGAUAUCUUGUGGGUGCAGUGAUGUGUUUGAAAGCAGAGUCAAGGUUGUGACAAUGGUGAAAAUUCUGGUUGAUGAUGUGCCCCUAGAUGAUGUUCCCAGUGUCAUCGGAAACUACCACAUUUGUGUUGUGAAGAACAAGCGACUUGCUGCAGACAUUCUGUCCCGAGCUAAGCAAAUGAAGCUGGUGAUGCAGUUUGGUGUUGGUCUUGAAGGUGUUGAUAUUGAUGCUGCCACAAAAUUGGGGAUUAAAGUGGCUAGAAUACCUGGUGACGUAACUGGAAAUGCCGCUUCUUGUGCCGAGAUAGCCAUUUACUUGAUGCUGGGUUUGCUCCGAAAACAAAAUGAGAUGGAAGUCUCAGUGAAGCAGAAGAAGCUUGGAGAGCCAACCGGUGACACACUGCUUGGGAAAACAGUAUUCAUAUUGGGAUCUGGAAAAAUCGGAAUGGAUUUGGCGAAGCGAUUGAGACCCUUUGGUGUCAAUAUCAUAGCUACAAAACGUAUAUGGUCCUCGAACAAUCAAGUUGUUUCAGCUUCAGCGUCUCCCGUUCAGGACGGCAUAGGUGAUGAUUUAGUUGAUGAGAAGGGUCAUGAUGAGAUAUACGAAUUUGCAAAGAAGGCCGACAUAGUAGUCUGUUGUUUGAGAAUGAACAAAGAAACAGCUGGCAUCGUGAACGAGAGAUUCAUAUCAUCGAUGGAGAAGGGUGUCCUUCUGAUAAAUAUUGCCCGAGGGGUUCUCCUGGACUAUGAGGCGGUCAAGCAGAACCUUGAAUCGGGUCAGCUAGGGCUUAGGCAUGGAUGUUGUCGGACUGAACCGUUCGAUCCUGAUGACCCAAUUCUGAAAUUCAAAAACGUUAUCCUUACUCCUCAUGUUGCUGGGAUCACGGAACAUUCCGUCAGAUCCAUGGCCAAGGUUGUUGGAGAUGCGGCUCUUCAUCUUCAUGCUGGGGCUUCUCUGCCUGUAAUAGAAUUUGUCAAUUAGAUUACAUGCAGAUCCCACCUUCCAUAGGACAAUUCUUCCUUUCCCAGUUGUACAAUAUCCAUUAUUGACAUCAAAUUCAACGUAAUUGUUGUAUUCCUGAAAUAAUGAGAGCCGGUUAUUAUUCUGUCGGAAUAUAACCAUGUAAGGUCCCAUGGAUGCACUACAAAUUUGCGCCA